AUAAACCACAGCACAGGGUUGCCCGCUGCAGAUGUGGAUGUCCCUACUUUGUGUUCAGAGCCGGUGGUGCGAAGUGCGAGGGCGAUUCUGACUAGCGACUGGCGACUGGUGACAGAGGCUGCUAGAUCUAGCUAGUGCUUGUUGUAGCAGUGUCUGCUUGUGCCACUGGCAGAAAGAGACUGUGAGUGCGUGCGUGCGUGCGUGUGUUUGUGUGUGCGCAGCGGUCCGACUACCCGGCGAACUCACUUCGUGGAUGUCACAGUGAGAGGUAGAUCCUCUAGAUAGACAGAAGAAACGCGCUCGUUUAGUGUUCAUAGUUUAUUCAGUAGUAGAAGAGUGUUGAUCAUCGUGCGCGUGUUUUUUUCGGGGGUAGUGUAGCUUGUUCUUUUUUUUAUUUUGUUAGUUGAUUCCUGGUUGAGUGUGGAAAUCUUGCGUGUUUCUUUCGGGUGGAAAAAGAAGUUAGUGUUUUCACCAAGGACUGCACUUAUCAGCUUUUCUGCUGAUGUUUGCGAAGCCACGCUAAAUGUGUAGGGAGCAAACGAGUGCGAAACAGCUCCAGGAUAAGAAGGAACAUUAAGAAGAAGACAACUCUGUCUCAUUGUUUCAAGGACAAAUGAAACUCAGAACUGACCAGAUAAGAAGGAAACACCACGACACAGAGAGAAGAACUUGUUAUCUGUGAUUCUAGAAGGAAACAAACCUUUUUUUCUAUUUCUUGUUCGUUGCGAACGACACAUUUUAAUACUUGUUUGGACAAACUGAGGAGUAUCUGCACCUUCACACACAAGCGUGCUCUGGAGAUUCUUCCAAAAACAACGACCGAAGGAUUAGUCAGCUUUUGACACUUUGACACGUCUUCCCUCCAAAAAAGAGAGUGUGGGAAGUUGUUCAAAAACAGCUAUAAAACAGAUUAAGCCACAGAGCAAGCGGAUAAAACGACGGUAUCGAAGUAACAUUUUACAAGAGCUUUCUCUUGUCUUGUGAAAACAACCACUAAGAACGUGAUUCUAUCUUCUGAGGAUUGCAGCAGUACUAGUCCACAAUUUUCAUUUACGAGGGUUCUUUAUUCCUUCAGGAGCUCUCAUUCUUCCAAGUGUCGGAGCUAUCACGAAAUUAAAAAAAAAAAAUUCUUGCAAAUCCUUUCAUUUUUCUCAAAGUAAAUACACAGUCUACUUGUGGUGUGUCUUUACUAAGACAUACAUCUUUUAGACUCUGUAAAAUCUGUUAAGGAACAAAGGACUUCAGGAGCAUAAUAUAACGCUCCUUCCUUAGACAUUUCUUUUUAUUUUCUUCCUGUGUGUGAAGUUAAGAAGACAAAAAGAACCAUCUGUAGACGCGAGGUGGUUCUCUCCCCUUCGAAACGCCAACAAAAGGACAAUCGAUCUUCGGGCUUAUAGCCUCCCCUUUUUCUGACGUCAGUCGCACUUCCCGGAGUGCGAACCCCCUCCCUCCGCCACCAUUGGGUCUCUACCAGUCACCCUGGCUCUGGAUCCCAAAUCCGAGGCCAGCAGCGGAGUGAACAGCGUGAAAGAACUCAGCCCCGACAUAGUCACUGUCCAGCAGCAUCCAUUGGCCGUAGCUGACCCCUCCCUGGCCUCCACCAUCGCCACAAUGAUUAUGACCAACACCCUCCCCGCCGUCCCCAUCUCCCCGGUCUCACCGACCCUUUCACUCAGUCCCAUCGACCUGUCCAAAUGCAGUGAAUCGGAAUUGGGACUGUUCUUGUCCCAGAGGAGUGUGGUCACGGCUGGACCUCCAUGAAAGGCCGCGUGAUCUUCUGGUUCCACCUCAACUACAGCACCAACAGCGGAUAUGUCAUGUUCAAGCUUUACGGGCAGCAGUGUCAGAAAUGCAAGAACGGUAACUACGAGCACGCCAUGUGGUAUCCGGAGGAGGUCGUUAAAGUGAUAGGAAAUGUUUACAACCGUGUGGGUCAGAUCUUUUACGGGUUUGUGCGCCCUCCACUACGCAUCGACCGGCGACAGGGAAAACCGAGGAACCAACACAACGCAGAGCUCUGCCAAGCUUGUAAAGAAGGACUCUGCAAGGAGGAAUGGUCCUUCUCAUGAUGAUAACGACGACGACGAUGGUGAUGAUGAUGAUGAUAAUGAGGAGGAUGAUGAUGACGAUGAUGAUGUUGUAAUAUUGGAGGAGUAUGGUGAUGAUAUUGCAGGGUGAUGUUUCAUUUUGGGUUGAUGAAGUAGAUUUUGUAUCUAAGACAAGACGGUCGCUGGUGUUGAAUAUCGUCUUAUGUCUUGAUGAUGAUAAUGAUGAUGAUGUUGAGGAUGGUGAUGAUGAUGAUGAUGAUGGUGAUGAUGGUGGUGAUGAUGAGGAUGAAGACUUCCAAGGUAAACUUUAUUGGAUACGUUGGAGUUUUUCUUAUCACUGAAGUGGUGCUUCCCAAUUUUCUGGGCUUUUUGUACCAAUGAUAUAUAACAUGUGAACUUGUUAUACAUCGAGUGAGCGGCAUGAAAGAUAUAGACGCCCUGUGUUUUGACUUAGUCUAGUAUUAUGGAGUAUCUGAACACCACUAGCGAUCGCAUUUAAUGCUCAAGUUGUACCACUCCGAACCCAUGUGGUAUUUAAUGAGCGAGAAAUUCGAAAUAUAAAAACAAUUGGUCACACAAAAAUGAUAUAUCAUCGAAGAAUUUAACAGCUUCUUCUAAUUGUUUAGACCAAUUAUGGUGACUCCUCGAAAGACAUAAAGUUCACUACCUUUGGUGUUAAUGGGAAAUUUUUGGCUUUGGAUAGCACUUGUGUUCAAAUCUGGACGCGUCUUUGGUAACUAUGGUUCCUCUUUGCGUGCUUUGAGUCCUUAUUACCUUAGUAGUGUAUUGUUCCAUUCUGUAAAAGCCGUUAAUUAUGAUUUAAUUCACAGGGUGGCAUUUUCAUGUUAGAAAGUGUUAAGUUGACUUGAAAAGGUCCAGCUUGUGUUAAGAGCAUUGGAAUUGAAUCACGCCGAGAAGAGUUGAGAAAGGAUGGAUUUGGUAGUUCCCACAUCGUGUGAUAUAAGGUAGACGUUUGAACAAGGCAUAUCAAUAUCAUGUGUUUGUUUCUACAAAUAAAAUGAACUAUUUUUAGAAUAGUUUUUGAAGCGAUUACGUCAAACGAUAACGUGACUGUUGCACUCCGUUCAUGUCACUAUAAACCUAAGUCACUGAGGCGUGUUGAUUUGAGUUUCUGCAUUUACACAUAAUUUGUAUUACUUGAACGUUUUUUUUUCUUUUUGUGUGCAUCUCUCAGUUGGCCUCCUAAACUCCUGAACUCAAAACCUUACUGGAGUCAAGCUAUACAAUACAUAGUAAAUCAAAUUGUUUUUUGCAAGUUUUGGGUCAGUCAUCUCCCUUUUGCGAGAAUAGGCUAUAACUAUUUGGCAAGAAUUGACUAUAAUUAUUUGAUAGGAAUAGACUAUAGCUAUUUGGCGAGAAUAGACUAUAAGUUUUUGAAAGAAAAGAUCAUAACCAUGUCCUCGUCUCUGUACUUUAAUUAAACGGGGAUUCGAUCUUCAGCACAAUGAUUCAUGUGCCUUAAGCGUCGUCCGCACUCAGAUAAAAGAAGGGGGAAAAAUAACCGUCACCUUAAUUACCUUCAACUUUCGUCUCAAUAUUGAUGAGGAAA